GGGCUCAAGCUUGUGAAAACUCCUAAUGUGUUAAACAACCUCAGCUGGGAUUUGCUGAGGACAAAUGCUGUAAUGUGUUAGUCAUCCAUUAUCUGCUUCUAUUUUUGCAGGUUCUGAAUGAUGACUGACGCGCGUUUGUGUGAUAGCCCUCACAGUCCCUGUCAUUCCCGAGUGAUAAGGCGCCCGCACCACUAGCCCCAGCACCGGGGCAGAAGGGAGCUCUGGAGGCUGGAAAGCUUCCGCUCGCGGACCGGACAAAAGUACCGCCUUCCCAGGGGCUUGUGCGUGCGGCUGGUGAUCCAGGCGCCUCACCUCGUCCGGCUCGCCGCUCUCGCGGGCAGAUGGUGUGCGGCCGCCGCAGGACGCCCGCCGCGCCCGGGCCAUGAAGUAGCGGCUGCUGGCGGCGCCGCUGCCCGACCGCCGGCCCCAGGCGAGCGCUGCGCUGCCGCCGGGUCCUCUCCCGGCGGGGCCGGAGCGGCGAGGACAUGGCUGGCGUGCUGAGCCUGCUUGCUCUCCUUCUUGUUUUCCCAAGCAGCUGUUUGGGUUUCAGAAGCCCGCUUUCAGUCUUUAAGAGGUUUAAAGAAAGUACCAGAUCCUUUUCCAAUGAAUGUCUUGGUACCACCAGACCAGUAAUUCCUAUUGAUUCAUCAGAUUUCGCGUUGGAUGUUCACAUGCCUGGAGUCACGCCUAAACAGAUUCUUGUUGCAUUCUGUAUUUGUCUUUUGAAGAGUCACAGAUUAUGCUUUGAAAUCAGAAGGCAGCCUUCCCCUGUGUUCCUGAACACAAAUGUCUAUCACCAAGAAGAGCAGGAAAUGGAAAAAUUCUGAGUUUAAAGAUUAUAUCUGAUAUCCCUGAACAUCAAGCUGAAAAACCUUAGAGUCUAAAGUUAUCACUUAUUUUAAAAUAACACUGAAAGAAUGUAGUCAUUGAAAUAAAACCAUGAUGAACAAAUUAUUCCUGUGAGAUUUUCUCAAAAGCUUCCCACAAUGUUUCUCUUUGCUUUUUUCUCAAAAUUGGACAACUAUUAGAAAAUGUUUACUAACAUAUUUUAACUUUUCAUUCUCUGACAUAAAAAGAAAGAGAUUCCCUUUGCUUUCCCUAUGCAUAUAAACAUGUAAUAAGAACCUAGCUUUUGUAGACUUUUCUUACUGCACCUGUUUAAAAAAUCAGUUUCAGAGGCACCUGAGUGGCUCGGUCGGUUAAACAUCGGACUCUUAUUUUGGCUCAGGUCAUGAUCUUAAGGUUUGUGAGAUCGAGCCCUGCCUUGGGCUCUGUGCUGGGCUUGGAUCCUGCUUAAGAUCCUCUCUCUCCCAACCGCUCUGGAAAACAGUAUAGAGGUUCCUCAAAAAAUCAAAAAUAGACCUACCUACAACCCAGCAAUUGGCCAACUAGCCAUUUAUCCAGAGGAUAACAAAAAUGCUGUUUCAAAGGGGCACAUGCACCCCAAUGUCUAUAGCACUAUCAAUAAUAGCCGAAUUAUGGAAAGAGCCUAAAUGUCCAUCGACUCAUAAAUGGAUAAAGAAGAUGUGGUGUGUGUGUGUGUAUACAUAUACAUAAAUACACACACACGCACACACACACACACACACACUAGAAUAUUACUUGGCAGUCAAAAGGUAUGAAAUCUUAUCAUUUGCAGCAACGUGGAUGGAAUUAGAGUGUAUUAGGCUAAGCAGAAUAAGUGAAAGAAAGAAAAAUACCGUAUGAUUUCACUCAUAUGUGGAAUUUAAGAAACAAAACAGAUGAACAUAGGGGAAGAGAAGGAAAAAUAAGAGGGAGGCAAACUAUAAGAGACUCUUAAAUGCAGAGAACAAACUGAGCGUUGCUUGUGAGGUAUUGGGUGGUGGGGUGGGCUAAAUGGGCAAUGGGCAUUAAGGAGGGCACUUGUUGGGAUGAGCACUGGGUGUAAUACCUAAGUGAUGAAUCACUAAAUUCUAUUUCUGAAAUCAUUAUUACACUCUUUGUUAACUAACUUGGAU